UCAGACAUUUAGAAGCCUUGAGAUUUCAUUGUCCAGUUCUGCUCCUAAUUACCAAGAUGCAGAUCUCUCUGGCUGCUCUCUCUCUUCUGCUGCUCAGUGCCUGUUGCUCACAGAUCCGCGGUGCACCAUUGGGAGCAUCUCCAUCCGCCUGUUGCUUUAAUUACUCAACAAAGCCAAUUCCACAAAAAUUAAUCUCUGACUACUACUUCACAAGCAGCCACUGCUCCAAUCCUGGUGUCAUAUUUAAGACCAUAAAAGGACGUAGCAUAUGCAGUAAUCCAAGUGACCAAUGGGUGAAAGAUUAUUUGAUCAACAAUGGAACACCUUUGUGAUUACUCAUUGUUCAAAAGAAUGGCAAUCAACAAACCAACGUUGCAAUCAACAAACCAACGAGUGUUGCAUUAUACCUGAUCCAAAAAAGACAAAUUGAUCAACGUUGUAUCAAAUGUAAAACUAGAUUUUCCCAUGUUUAUAUCAUUUGUAGCUGGAACCACUGAGGUAUAUUCUAAUCAGAGAAUUUGUCAUGACUUUUUUUUUCUACUUAACUUUCUUUUAAUACCUAUGAUAAUUUUUUUUCUUAAAUAUUUUUUUUUUUUACAUGUUUCUAUUGGAUUGGAAUGUAUCCUAUUAGUGAGAAAAUCUCUCAAAUGUUCAUGUUAUCCUAUAGAGCAGAAUCACUACAUUUUGUAAAGUAGUUAUGUUAUUCUUACCAAAUAUUUCCUUAGCAUAACAGGAAAUAAACUUCUUCUUUUUUCUCAAUUUAGCAAUUAAUUCAGAAU